UUCACGGAAAUGAUCAACAUUUGGCCAUAUCUGGUCACCUUGACCAUCUUACUGGUAUACCCGGUCCCUGGUUACGGCCAGACUCAUUUGUACCAGGAGUUAGAUAGUCACGGUAUGAGGCUGACUGCAUUGGAAGGAAUUGUGUUUAAUCUGACCAACACCUGUACCAAUAUUCAACAAAACUACGAAGAUAUCAAAAAGGAAAAUGGAUUGCUGAAGACGGCGGUUCAGAAUCUGACAGCUCGGUUAGAAGCUUUAGAACAGACAGGUACGGGGCAUGCUGCUCAUUCGAGCAUUGGUGGGCUAUCUCAACAUGUGACCCAUAUGCUAUCGUCAACAGCUGUAUCAACAUCGCCGACCACUACUGUAUCAACAACAUCGCCAACCACCACUGAAUCAACAACGCCGACCACCACUGAAUCAACAUCGCCGACCAUUCCUGUAUCAACAUCGCCGACCACCACUGAAUCAACAACGCCGACCACCACUGAAUCAACAACGCCGACCACCACUGAAUCAACAUCGCCGACCACCACUGAAUCAACAACGCCGACCACCACUGAAUCAACAACGCCGACCACCACUGUAUCAACACCAAACAACAAUAUUAUGACGAAAACAACGUCAACCCUUAGGCCGAAAGCGACACCGAAAGACUGUGCCCAUGCGCAGAGGAUGGGGUCAAUACAAAGUGGAGUAUACAGAAUACAACCCUCGGAUGGAGUAAGAACCUUUGAAGUGUACUGUGAUCUGGAGCAUGAUGGCGGUGGUUGGACCACAAUACAAAGACGUGUCGACGGGACUGAAAACUUCGAAAGAAAUUGGAACGACUACAAAAGUGGAUUCGGAAAUGUAUCUAGGAAUUUCUGGAUAGGUAAUGACCUUCUUCAUAGCUUGACAAAUGAGGGUCACAUGACUCUUCGCGUUAACAUAGAAGAUUGGAACAGAUUACAGAAGUGGGCGGAGUACCGGGAUUUCAAUGUCGGCAGUGAAUCAAGCUGGUACCAGCUAAGUGUAGGAAAAUACACCGGGACUGCUGGCGACUCCUUCCACUACCCUGCUUCGUCACUCCUCCGCCAUGAUGGUAUGAAGUUCAGUACACCUGACUGCGACAAAGACCACAGCUUUCAGCAUUGUGGGCGUCUGCUCAAAUCUGGCUGGUGGUUCAACAGUUGUUACAGUUCUAACUUGAAUGGGCCCUACCUGACCCAGCCUAGUGGGAAUCACAUAUAUGGAGAGUCUUGGGGUCAGCCAUCAAUGGACGGGACUGGUAUAGAGUGGUACCCGUGGAGGAAACACCAGUAUUCAUUUUAGAUUCUCCGAAAUGAAAGUCAGACCAGCUGAUUUCGUCUGAUACAUUCGGUACUUUUAUACAUCUUUCAAUUUUUGCAUUAGCUUCGUAAUCAAAUAGAUAGUUACAACACCUACUGGCAUUUUUGUUACCUGUAUUGUCGUUGUUCGCGAGAUUCUAUUUAUGCUCACAAUACCUGUACACAUGUCUAGGACAAUAAUACCAAAAUAAGUGUGAUCGGCAAAAUAUGGAAAUGGAAACAUUGUUUUCAUGUUAAUGUUUUUUCACAGCAUAUCUUAUUUUAUGAUAAGUUGUAUAAACAAAAAACACUGACUACUGAACACUUAUAUUCUUAUUUUUAUUGUCAUGGAAAUAUGAAGCCAUUACUAUGAUACAUUGUCUUCUACGUUUAACCAAUGAGACAUUAUAAUUAAUCAUGUUUUUGACCAAUGUUUCGUUGAAUGUAUUACUACUAGAACCUAUGCUAAAGUAUCACAUUGCCAGAAUAGAGGUAAGAAUUCAAAAGAAAUCGAGGAAAUCAAUAUAAAAAUAAUAUAAUGUGGUAAGGAAUCUUAACAACACACACGCAAACCAAUAUCGGUGUUUGUUAUGCAAAGUGAUCUUCAUGUUUAAACAAGUUUUGGCAAUAUACUCUCCCCUAUUCAAUAUGAAUAACAUUUUUUUUUGUAAAUAGAAUUAUGCUUAAAACGUUUCUGACAUCAGACUGAUUAAACACAUAUACACUCAUCCGAUGAUUCCAACAAAACCAGUACAUGAAAUACACUAGUAUACAUUAGUAUUACUUCUCCACUAAUUCCACGAACAUAUCGUGAUAUGUAUAUUUUGUGGCCUCAAAUAUUUUGUCAAUGUAUGUGUAUAAACAUGUAUAUUUUGUGGCCUCAAAUAUUUUGUCAAUGUAUGUGUAUAAACAUUUCAGCAUAUAAAUCUGUUUAAAAAUAAUCAAAGAGGACUUGACAAUGACAAUGGAUAAAAACAAAUAUUGCCUGCCAAAGAAACUGUUCACAAGUCCUCUAAAGAUUAAAAGUUAGAUACACAACUAAGUACUCUAUCAAUGGUAGUUCACACAUAUUAAACAGUUUCCGUCUGAAUUUGAUUAUUCAAACAUAUACAAAUAAAAAACAUAAUACCUCUAAUAAAAUCCUUGUAGGAGACAUCAAAUAAAUAAAAUGUGUUAAAAUAAAAAAACAUAUCUAUUCAUAAAAUACUGCAAAAUAAGUAAAAUGAUUUGAUCUAACUUUGUUAAAACAAAAAGUUGCUUAUUAGAGAAAGUUCUACAAGAUAAUGUUGAUCGAUGAUUCAGGAAUAUCUAAUACAUUAUAAGACUAUCGGUAGUGUGUACUUGGUGUAACAUUAAGUGUAGAUCAGUCUGUUGAGGACCAGACAGUAAAACCAGUCGGUACAAAAUGUCUUGUUCUGAUUAUUGAAUCAUAGAAUCGUCAUCUGGGGAAAUACGACGUAAAAGCAUCAGAACACUUGACGCUGCAUUGAUCUUACUGUACACUGUACACUACAUUUGUUGAGAGAUACAAUUCUGAUCCUACCACCCUGGUCACAAGGGCAUUAAUUCAUCUAAGUGUAACUAAAAAGUCUGAUGAACAUCACAAUACAACAAGCACAACAUAUUUUGCUCCGAUAGCAAUAUUAUGUAGGACAUUGAUGGUAGGACAAUCGUUCCUUCAAUAUUUUGUACACAUUAAAAUUAUAGAUUUGAUAGGUUUAUAGAUCAAUUCUUCAAUCUGGAGGUAUCUAAUUGUAAACACCAAUUCAUUUUGCGACUCAUAUCUUUAUAAUGCAAUGAAUAUCUUUAAGAGAGUAGUCUGGAUUACCAUAAAAUGACUGAUGAUUCACUACCUAAAGCAGGAUAUAAUACUAGUAGAUUACAUCAAUUUAACAGCAAAGAUUUCAGGUUAACAGCCAGGCUGGAGCCAGAGAGAGAGACAGGCUGGAGCCAGAGAGAGAGGCAGGCUGGAGCCA